CCCACACUCACGCUUAGAAAUUGGCCCGCAGCAGCUCCCAACCAAACAAGAUUUUAGUCUACACAGUUUCUGCCCUUGACAGGUUGUUUUGCCGUCUCCCUCCUAAGAUGAUAGCAAACACUCCACUGAAUCCCUUCGGCUUGAUCUGCUCAGCUCCGGCACAUUUUCCUUUUGCGAACGGUGAUAAUUAGUUUAAUGAAUCAGCCCAUGAGGAUUUGUUUAAACCAAAAUGUAAUUACACUUAAUUGCCGUUUUUCUCUAACAAGAGUAAUACUGAAUACAUAUGGAAUUAUGUGGCCACGCUAUUAGCAUAAAGUGGUGAUGUAAGCCGAUUACGUCGAUUCUCUCAUGCUGUAAUACUGAGCGCUAAAGUGGUAAAUAAACACCAAACAUCCCAGGCUGAGAGAGCAGAUUUGCCAUCUACCUUAUGCUCUUCAUCUCUGGUUUAGAUAGUUGCAGCUAUAACAGACAUCAUUGUGCCUACUUCCCUUGUGAGUGAAUUGGGAUGCACUGCAUAGUUGUGGUAAGGCAGCAGUGGCUGGGCUGUGUUGUGUUUUUUUUUUUUGUACAGCCCACCAAAGCAACCCCGUGAGAAGCCAGGAGGUCCUGGAUCACCAGAGGGAAGCCAGUGGCAUGUACUCUGCCCCUCUGGUUCUCAGGAUGCGAGACGGGUUGAUCAAUAGGACCGCCUGCCUGCGUCUAGACUCAACUAGCUGCUUUGGACCGUACCUCAAAGGAGAGGCUUGGAUUUCUUGGGAAACUUUUCCUUCUUGUACACUGUGAGCGGCCGGUCAGUCAGCCAGCCACGUGCAGCUCUCUGUUGCCAUGGAUGCCUGCGCCCGUAUUAGAGGAGCCCCACUAAGGUCCAGGGCCUCAGUCCGGAAAGAGACUGUGCGUGACAGUGGGGCGCAGUGUGUGAAGAGCCUCUUUAGGAACAAGAAGGAGCUAUGCAGCAUUGGCCUAGAGCUCCCAGCCAGAGACGCCACAAGACUGACAGAGAUUCAUUUUGUGUGUCUGCCUGGUCAGUGUGAAGGGGAAGAUGUCGUUCAACAGGCUCUGUCGUCCCUUCCAGCGGGGCUGUGUGAGCUGCUCAGGUCCUUCCACGUUCACAGCCUCAAGAAUGACGAAGUUCUGCUGUUCAAAGACUCCCGCAGGCUGGCAGAGCACAAGGACGCCGGGCCUCAGUGUUGGUUAAAGGCUGUGUGUGUGCUGAGGAACACCCCCAGCGCAAACGUCUACCCUCAGGCUAGUGUAGCAUCACUGGUGGGCUUGCUUGGGUGCUACGUGGCAGGUGUCCGCUAUGCUUUGGAGCUACAGGCUCUUCAGAGGGGAACAGCUGAGUCCAGCCAGCCAGAGGAAGAUGACACCAACCAGUCUGUCUCAUCAAUUGAAGAUGACUUUGUCACAGCCCUGGAGCAUCUUGAGGAGGACGACACAGGAGACAAUCCCUCUGCAGCUUCCUAUCGCCAUUUUAAAAAACGAGAUGUGGCAUCACAGACAGUCCCAGCGCACAAGAGACGGAAGGAAUUAUCAGGUUCCCGCAUUAUCAUUAGCUCGUCUUCGAAGAAGUAUUCAGCCAAGCAUAAGUCAGGUCCAGAUGUGUCUGUGACAGUGCAGAAGUCAUCGGGCAUGGAAACCCAGUGGACUUACUGCAGUCCCGGAGCUCGUCUCCCCUCGCCUUCAAUUCAUGUCAGUGAAUCUGAGGAGUCAGACUGUUCCAGCCCCAGCCCAAUCAUUUUCUUGGAUGAGGUGGGUUACCAGAAGAGCCUGCUGGCUAAGCUAGAUAUCCCCCAGGUGCCCGGAGGCCCUAGAGAGCGGGUUGAAGAUUCAGACUCUGAAGUCAGUGAAUUCUUUGAUAGUUUUGAUCAGUUUGAUGACCUAGAGGAGCUGAGCUCAGAGAGCUGCACUCUCACACUGCCUCUGGACGCCAUCAGUGCCCCAACCACACAGAAGAAGUCAACUGAGGCCAGCACCAGUGGGUCAGCAUCCAAAUAUGUUUCUAGAGGCUGCUCGACAAAGGGUAUGAAUCCUCACCGCUUUGACCAGCCCACUCUCCCAGCCAAUGUGAAAAAACCCACUCCUCUAAAGCCAGGCUCUCCCUACUCACUCCAUUCAGAGGUGCCUGACUCCCCUCGGCCCGUGCAGACCCCCUCUGAGGACAAUGGUGGCCCACUCUUCAGUCCCAUCAGCUCUUCUGCAUUCAGCCCCCUGGUGGACUCUAGUGGAACACUGGAAUACUUCUGGAAGAAAGAUGAGGAUGGACAGGACAGCUCAGAGCUACGUAAACCUCAAGAUCUCUGUUCUCUGUAUAAGACCUAUUCAGACUUUGCCAGCAGCCUGUCGAAAGAAAUUCUGGGGUCUGUGUGUGGCUAUCAAUCUGCCGUUGACAUUAGUGACAACAAGAAUCUUAGCUGUGUCUGCCACAAGGAAUUCAAGAACCCAUCGGGCUACCUGAUGAAGCUCUCAGAAAUCCAAGAGACUGUAACAGUGGCCAAGCUGCAGAAGAAGUCCCAGUCUCUGAAAGAUGGUAUUCAGAGGUUUGCCACCGACCUUGUGGAAAUGAGCCUGGGCAGUGCCUUGCGUGACCUCCAAAAAGGUGUAUCGUCCUGUACCACCACCCUGUGUCACCUAGCUGCCAGGCUCACCUCCUCAGUGUUUCAGAUGGCCUUUCAUGAGAUUGGCAUGCGCCACGCCUAUGUGUUGAAGGAACGAGCAAUUAAUGGCUUAGCUGGCUUCCUGGUUGGGGAGGCUGUGUCUGGUGCGCUGAAAGACUUCCUAACAGUGAAAAAGCAGAUUUUUCACAGCACAGUGACACGUUUUGCUGCUGAUCUGGCUGAAGAGCUGGUGUUUGAAGGCAUAAUGGAAGUGUGCCAGUUCUCUCACCCCUCAACCCCUCGCACCCCUAGUGAUUGGUCCUUUGGCCAUGGGCAAGAGGAAGAGGAAGAGGAGGAGGUGGUUUCCUCCUAUGCUUCAGACUUGUCUGAGUCUGUUAUCCAGGAGGCCUUCAUAGAGCUCUCUCAGGCUGAUGUUGCCUUCACUAGCCAAGCAGCUAUCAGUGUGUCUCUGGACAACAUCUGUUAUGUCAGCGCAGAGAACACCAGCACUCACACCUGCAGUACCUUUGCCAACCAGCAGAUUUUCAGUGCCAGCUCAGCUACAGCAGUCCCAGGGCCCUCGGGAGAGGAUGCUACCUGCACAGUGAAGAAAGCUCUGUUCACUGUAUCGGGAAUGGCCAGCUGUAUUCCUGUGCCCCAAGCGGGACAAGCCCUCUCCCACAUCCAGGAUCCCGAAGAGACCUGCCAAAAUAAGUCUAGCUUGCCAGAUACAUCAGAGGCCAGCUCCAAAAGAGUAGCAGUAUCUGCCUCCGAUACCACCACAUCUACUCAAACUCACCUUUACAGCCAUGGAACUCAAACCCCCAUAGGAGGAGGAGGAGACCCCUCCCAAGGAAAGUCGUCAUUCCAAAACUUCUCUGGCAACAUGGUGGAUAUGAUCGUAACUGAAGCUUGUGAACUAAUAACUGCUUCUAAGAUGAAGAAGAGUUUUGGUGAAUGUGCUGGUUUCCUUACAAAGACAAUUGGAAGUCAAAGGGGCUCUUCUCCUAAGCAGGAGACUGAUAAUUAUGAGGAUCCAGAUUCUCCUUUGAGGCAAGGAGUGAACAGAGAGUGUUUCAGAUAUGAUUGUAGAGAUUCUGAUUAUGAUAGGAAGGGCGUUCCUGUUGAGCAAGCAACAGACAUUAGCAUUCCACACAUUUCCUUUCAGACAGGCUCUCAAAGCCAGGAGAAAGCCAGCUGUGAGUCGGAGCCCCGGACCAGAGGCGUGGUUGAAACACAUCCUGUCAUAAUGGAUACUCUUGAUGUGCCGGCUACAGAGAUGGGUAGACAAGGGAGGAUAUCUGUUGGAGACGACUCAGCCCCAAGCUCUGGGCAAAAGUCUGGCGGGACACCUGGCACGCCUCCUUCCACCCCUCAGCAGCCCAGUGAGGUGUCCAAAGAGAAACAGAUAAAACAGUUCUCCAAGAAGCUGAAAAGCAAGCUGGCUAAGGAGUUUUCCCCUGCUACUCCCCCUCCAACCCCUCACUAUCAGCCCGAGCCAGGCCCAGGGCCAAAAGACAUCACUCCUGAGGCAGACAAGGCUGAGUUCAUGCUCAAGCUGAUGAGGUCUCUUUCUGAGGAGGCAGAUGGCAAUGAAGAUGAAGAGGAGGAUGAAUUGGCAGAAGAGGGUGGUGUUGGUGGCACUAACAGAUGUUUAGAGACAGGGGGCGGCAGGCAUGAAUUGAACCAGAUGUCUGCUCGCAGAAUGUCUAACAAGGAAGCUCUCCAUUAUGCAGAGCGAUUGGCUUGUCACAUUGUCUCCAUGGCAACAGAGAUGGACACCCUGGGAGUGGCAGAGGAGGAGGGAGAGAUGUGCAAGGGCAACGAGAGGAGGAGAGACAGUGUGGCUCAGUUCUCAGAGCAGACUCUGAAUACCUUAUGGGUGUAUGCUGGGGAGGUAGCAGGAGAGGUCAUCAAUGAUGUGAAAAGGAUGGUGAGCUCUGCACAGCAGUGUCCAUAUCACAGAGCUCUCAGAAGACGAAGCUUGGACAGGUCUAGCUCUGAAUGUUUGCAUUACCACCACCAUCACCAGUCUCAAACCAGUACAGACCAGAACAGAGACUGGAGAGUAGGGAGGCUAGCUGAGCAGUGGUCUAAUGACCUUAUUGCCUCUGUUCUCCGGUCUCCCACAUCCACUUCAAGCACCAUCUCCAGCUCCAGCUCUGGCCUGUCCUCAGAAUAUCCUAGCUGUGAGAGUGUGACAGAUGAAUAUGCUGGCUACCUCAUCAGGGUGCUGAAAAAGGAGGGAGGCAGUAGGGAGUUGGUCUUAGAUCAGUAUGCGAGCCGUUUGGCGUACCGCUCCAUAAAACAAGGCUUGGCUCAUGCCAGUCGCAAAAUCAAGCAGAGGUCCUCAAGCACCCGCCUUCACUCCUCAAAGUCCCUGCCAGAUGAAUGGAAGGCUUCUUGUAGUGAGGCUUCAUCACCCAGUGACAGAGCAGAGUCAGUGUCUGGUUCCUCGGGCGAUGAUGCUCAGUGUUGUUGCAAGGACUCUGAAGAGCAGGGCCAGAGGGAUUACAUGGAUCUGGUCAACUUUGCAGAGUCCUUAGCAUACAACAUCACCUGUGAUGUCACACGCAAGCUUCAUCUUUCCUCUGUGCGCCUGCCGAAGUCUCUCACUGACCCGUGUCUUUAUAAGAAAUCCAAACUUGAAAACAUGGCCGAGAAUCUCAUCAGGAACUCUUUCUCCUGCCCUCUGUUGUCCAAGGAGAGUAAGAGCAGGCAUUACCACAGCACAGGAAGCCUGUAUGAUGGAGGCUACAGCGGUAGGGUGAUGCAGGUCAUCGAGCAUUACGCCAGGAAAAUAGUCGAUGACACUUUGAAGAUGAGCCUGGCUUCAGUUGGACAUUCAUCCCGGGACCACCAGAGGAUCCAAGGCCAAGACAGAAACUCUCACACUCAGAGGUUGUCUGAGGGAACAGCACUGGGUCAAGCCCUGGGGGAGAGGACGUGCCGUUAUUGUCAGGUCCAGGAGUGCCCCUACUGCACCAAGCUUAGCAGGUACCACCACCAGCCUGUACUACAGAGGAGGAAAAGGGGGCAGGAAUGUCAGACGAGGGCUGACCGCCUCUCUGGACUAGAGAUUCCCAAGAUCCAUAUUGACCUGGACCACAGGGCAGCAUUCGCGGAGGAGAUGGUGUCAAUGGCAAUGGAGACAGCUAAACGGGAGCUAAGCAACACCAGCCUUAAUGCCGACAGUGGCAUCGGCCACGAUGGAACCAGCUACGCCGAAAGCCUAACUGCUGAGAUCAUGACCUCGGCCCUGUCCAAUGUCUGCCAGACUGCCAACAUCAGCUCUCCGGGCAGGGAAGCCACAGAGUCCACUGUGUCCCAGCAGUUGAGUGUAGGAGAUGACAGUCUGGGCAGUUGGUCUAACUUGAGCUUUGAGGAUGACCAUCCAGACGACAACAGCAGCUUCCUCCACCUCAGUGACAGCAGCAAUGGGAACAGCAGUAGCUGGAGCAGUCUGGGCCUGGAGGGGGAGGCUUGUGAGGAGCGCAUGUCAUUCUCCCCCUCUGACAGUGACAAUACAGAGGACAAGGAGACUGAGGUCAAAGAGGAAUCCAGUGGGACUCUGUGUGUGGACAGGACUCAGCUACAGGCUUUCAGGACUGCGCUCGUCAUCGUGAACUCAGAUGUCAGGGAACUCUGGCACGGCCCCCAACAUUUUACCUUCGACCCUCAGCUCAGGAGCAUGCUGCAGUGGGUGGCAGCCUCCAUGGCCGACAUCCCCCAGAUCCAACUGAGUCCUGACAGAGAGCUCCAGCAGCUUCCAGCAGUGGUCCAAAGGCUUCGGGAGAGGAAGUGGAGGGUGGGAGAGCUGCUGCACACCCUGCUGCGUUACUGUGAAGAGAAUCAGUCGCAUAGUCACUCUCAGCCCAGAGAGGAGGCACUCCAGGCAGACAGAGAAUGUCACCGCAUCCCCCUCUUCCAGUGGCUCCUGGAGCACGCCUAGGCCCUGUCCUUACCUCUUCUCCUGUCCUUUCUUCUCUUGUCUUCACCUCUCCUCUCCUCCAAAACAGGGCUUUGCAAACUCCACAACCCCUAGAGGGCGCCAUACAAAUCAGCUGAUCUUACUUACUCUCAUGAAUGUGGGCGGCGUGUGUUUUGCAUUGCAUGCUGCAAUCAAAGAGUACUUCUGUUGUAUUUCAUUUUAAUUUCCACCUUCUGUUUUGUUGUUGCAGUUCUGUUAUUUAUCGGGCUGUGUAUAUCACAUGUGUUGAUUUAGUGAGCUGUCUCCUCCGCCCACCUACACUUCUAAAUUGAAAGCCCUCACACCUUGCUGCCAUUGUGCUUGAACUACAGAAAAAAAGGGCAGAAGAGAGAGAUAGAAAGAGAGAAAGAGAGAGAGAGAGAGAGAGAGAGAGACCCACCCCAUCUGUUGCAGGCAGAGACAGAAAAGCAGUGAGUUGAGAGAAAGAGAAUGUGUUUUUUGUUAGGGAAUCCCCAUAGCUGCUGGGCGGAUGAUGUCAUCAAACCCAGAGCUCACCUCUGCGGUGGUGUUUCCACAUGUUAAGAGAGCGACCGUACACACACACACACACACACACACACACACCCACCCUCCCUUGCAUUAUCAGUGCUAGAAGGAAUCUAUGAUGCAUUGACACAAUCCAAUUAGUCCCCGUAGUGUUUGAUUCUUGUAUUAAUCCACACGAAAUUACUGUGUUAGUUCUUCAGUUUGCUCCAGUGAAGAGUUUCCCUGGAGCACUGAGUGAGUGAAAUGCUGUUGUAAUGACUUCUUACAUUUGACCGAAAUGCUGCCAUACAUAGAGACUGACAAAACACUAUUAAAGUUGUUAAAAACCCAUAUCUAUAUUUUAGUAAAUGAUACUACACUGUAAUUUAGAAAUGAAGAUCAAACAGACCAUUUGUUUGGCAACAGAAUGAUGAAAAGCGCUCCAUGAAGUUGCCUAUUGCCAGUAUUGGUAUUCCUGUUUCAUCCAAUGCCGAAAAAGUGCUUGCCUAGCAACAAUCUCAUUGGUUAUCAAACUUAGUAAAUUACCUAGAGUGGAUGAUGUUUACUCGGGUGGUCAGUAUUUAGAAAGUAUAGAAAGUAUAUAUUUUUUGAAGAGUUAUGUCUAAUCAAACAUGAAAUGCUGCUCAAAGCUAUGAAAGAAGCCGUGACCUUGGCUUUAUGUUGCCAAACGUUGCUCAUACGAUGACUCUUAUCCCCUCCAGUCAGUAGUAUGUGUUCAUCUGUGUCAGUGGCCUUUGUCCUGUUCGGGGAAGAUCCAGUGACGCAGAUAGUGGAUCUUUUCGUACUGGUAAUUGGAGGUCUGCACCUCCAAAACCACAAGCUGAACAGCAUCUGCAUAGCUGGACCCUGGAAUCACGCGUUCUGUCACCCACGCUCCACAGUCACCUUGUGGAAUGAAGGACUCUGAAUACCACAAUUUCCACACAAUAACCCCCCCUCCUUCCAUCUCUCACACACACACCCUCGUUACUCACCAGCCCCAUGUGAACGUCUACAUGCACAGCACUACCAGCUACUUGCUGAGAUGCACUUUUUUUUUUCCUGAUUUGGCAUAGGAGAGACUGGGCAUUUCCAGCCCUGCCCUUACAUCUCUCCUAGCCUCUUUAUGUGAAUUUAUGCCCAGCGUGGACGGCCUGCUCUGCUGCUAGUUUAGUUCAACUGCAGCAAGUUAACGUACAUGCACAAUACCUAAAAAGCAUAACCCAUCCCCACCCCCUCUCCUCAAAGAACCAUUAUUGGGAUACAUUUUGAUGUUUGUAUUUAUUUAUGAUUUUUGUUUUUAAUGAGGGACCUAAGGAUGAGAUGACGCUGCGUGGGCCUCAGAUUUCUGUCAGGACUUUUCCUUCUUGAGUUUGAAACACUGUAACAACAGCCUUGCAUCAAUUGUUAUAAAGUAAGUGUUGGUGGUGUUCACCUGCAUGGCUGAAUUUUCAUUGACUUUAAUUCCUUUUUUUUCUUUAAUUCAGCUCAACAUUCUUCUUCUUAAUGUAUUGGCCUACACUAUUUGAGCUGCAGUGAUUCGUCUGUGUCCACACUGCCUAACAGUAUGCUAUAUAGGCCUCUGCAGAUGCCUUGUCUGUUUCCUGCUUAAUCUCUAGGCUGCCAAAUGGUCAUAUAAUCUUAAAGGUGUUUGUCCUGUUUGAUUUGUUUACAUGGAAACAUGAAUAUAUCACAAAAUCCACUAUUAUUAAAUAAAAUGUAAAAAAAAAACAAGUGAUACCUAUGUUAUGCCUAAAAGAAGACAAAGUGAAGUAUUAACCUGAGAAGUGAGGGAGAGUUUAUAUACUGGUUUACAUGAAAGGAAUGUAUUAAGAGUCACAGGCUGGGCACAUGAAGAGAGCGCAUCACAGUGUACUGAUUCUCUCCCAGUGUGAAUGUUUAGUUGUCGUUGGACUUUCCCCCCCCCCCAGCGCCAAUCCCUCUCUUCUUUUCUUUCUUUAUCUACUUGACAUUCCUGUGCAUCCCAGAUGACCUAUAUCGUUGUGUUUUGUGAAUGCUGGAUGUGUACCUGCAAAGACUCGACUCCAUUUAGAAAGCAGAUUUGUUUUGCUAUUGUUGUUCCCAGUGUUACUUUCUGACUCUCACUGACCACAACCAGGAGAAAAAAAGAAGAAAAAAAAAAAGAUGUACCUCACACCCACUCACUUCUGUAUUUUUCCUGCUUCCUUGUAAAAUCCUGCCAAAUAAAGAUAUUUAAUAAAUAAUGUACAUGUAAGUUAUAUAAUAGUGAGUUCACUACUUGUUCUCCCUAGUGGCAUUGCUGAAUAGUUUACAGUCUAAGCUUGAGGUCAAAACUCUAAAUUUGUUUAUGUUGAAGCUUGGUGUGACAAUAAA